GCGUGUUGCUGCAGGUUCAGGUCAGCUGACCUGCUGAGUUUACUGUCUGUUAGCACAAUGUCGGAGCCUCGCUAGCUGACACAGACACUGUUUACCUCUGGCUUCCUCACACCGGAGCGGCCCAUGUUAGCUCCGAGACUCUGCGGUUAUUUACCCGGCGAGUGAGGAGCUCAUCCCCGCCUCACAACAUUGGAGCAACCCGGCUAGAUUAGCAGCUAAAUUAAAAAAAGACACACUGGACUUGGAAGCAGUGAGGUGAAGACCUGUGUGAUCAAUCAUGGCGGGUGGAAUUACAGAGACGGGGGAACCCUACUCUGCCUUUAUCGGGCUGGUGUAUAUGUUCAACCUGAUCGUGGGCACCGGAGCUCUGACGAUGCCCAAAGCCUUCGCCACAGCCGGUUGGGUGGUCAGCAUAGCACUCAUCUCAUUUUUAGGAUUCAUGAGCUACAUGACCACCACCUUCGUGAUCGAGGCGAUGGCGGCGGCCAACGCUCAGCUGCGCUGGAAAAGGAGAGAGCAGGAGGAGAUCGACGACAGCGACUCCACCUCUGAGUAUUCGGACGAUGAUGUUGUGGGUCGAGGUCGAUCAGAGCCGGAGACAAAGCCCAUCUUGUCUGUUCAGAGGUCAGGAGGUCACGUCGAUCAUUUCGACAUCGUGGAGCGGGUGGAGAUGGGCCAAAUGGCGUCCAUGUUCUUCAACAAAGUCGGUGUCAAUAUGUUCUACAUCUGCAUCAUAGUCUAUCUAUACGGAGACUUGGCCAUCUACGCAGCAGCUGUGCCCUUAUCAUUAAUGGAAGUUGCCUGUGGAAACCACUCGUGCAGCGCUGGAAGCGUCAAGUACAACGACACAGACCUGUGCUGGGGCUCCGUCACAAGGAAAGAUGCCUACAGGGUGUUCCUGAGUGUGUUCGCGGUUCUGUUGGGACCUUUUGCUUUCUUUAACGCUCAGAAGACCAAAUAUCUGCAGAUCCUCACCUCGUUCAUGCGCUGGAUUGCUUUUACCAUGAUGAUCAUCUUGGCUCUGAUCCGCAUUGGCAAAGGCACCGGUGAGGGCAAACCACCAGUCGCCUCAUUAUCUGGAGUCCCCAACCUGUUUGGGGUGUGUGUCUACUCCUUCAUGUGCCAGCACUCCCUGCCCUCCCUGGUGACACCCAUCUCUGAAAAGAAACGAGUCGGCACCCUGGUUUUGGCGGACUACAUCCUCAUCCUGGGCUUCUACGUCCUCCUGUCGUUCACCGCCAUCUUCUGCUUUGACAGCUCACUGCUGCACGACAUGUACACCCUGAAUUUCACAGACAACUGCGAUGUGUUAGAUAUUCCAGUGCUGCGCUACUUCUUGGGCUUGUUCCCAGUCUUCACCAUCAGCACCAACUUCCCCAUCAUUGCCGUCACGCUUCGCAACAACUGGAGGACCCUCUUCCAUCGUGAUGGAGGCACCUACCCCUGGGUGGUGGACCGUGUCGUGUUUCCUCUCAUUACCCUUGUGCCCCCGAUCCUGGUGGCCUUUUUCACCCACAACCUGGAGUCCCUGGUGGGCAUAACAGGAGCUUAUGCUGGCACAGGGAUCCAGUACAUUAUCCCAGCCUUCCUUGUUUAUUAUGGUAGACGCCACCUGGAGCCUGUGAUGGGCAGAAAUGCCAUCAACAAGCACCGGUCUCCUUUCCGUCACGCCUUCUGGGUGUGGUUUGUUUUGCUGUGGGCCGCCUUCUGCCUCAUGUUUGUCACAGCCAACAUCAUUCUGACUGACACCAAGAAAUGAGAACCCAUCAUUCCCAAAACUUUCUAAAAGAAAAAAGUUUGGCCAGUUUCUUUGUUCCUGUUCCCGAGGCCUUACUCGCUGUUGGUUGGACAGUGUGCCUUUUUAUGGGACUUUUGUUGCAUAAAUUAAAUGUAAUUUAGAGUAAUUUAUCAAAUUUGUUAAAAGGGACCAAAUGUCAAGUGUUCAUGUUAAUUACAAAAGAUAAAAGCUGGAACAGUAAAUGGAAAUGCUGAAAGGGAAUUUAUUAAAAUAAUCUUUUGUCAACAAACACCUGAAAGUCUGAGGUUUUCGCAAGAUAUUGCAUAACUUUAUAAAAUUCAUCAAAAUAUGGUCCACUAUGCUUCAAACAUGUUUUCACAGGUUAUCGGUUUUGGACAGUUAUAGAAAUAUAGACACCGGAACAGGAUGUGUCAGACACUGUUAAACUCCGCCUUGCUCAAAUCUCAAAAAGUUAGUGUUGUGGUCCUGAAUGAUCCACCGGACCUUCAGCGCAGAAUGUUCUAAUAAAAAUAUAUUAGAGCAAUUCAAAGAGCCGAGUAGUGACAAGAGAAAAGGCCUGUCACAUCCAGACUCGUGUCCUGUUGCGUAACUGCUUGGCAACAAAAUCAACAGAAGAAGAGAAACGGACGCAUCGGGGAUGAUAAGUCUUUCGUGGCUGACGUGUUUCCAUUCGUCAGCGUUAGUGGCCUACGAUCUCCUCGUCCCCCUCGUGAACAAUGAAGCCCCGUCUGUGACGGAUCCAGACAGACAGGCCUCCAGGAAGAGCUACAUCUCUGUUUAUGACCACUAGUUCACACACAGGGCAGGUCUCUCGUCUUUUACUGCUCA